UCAUUCAUUCAUUCAUUCAUUCAUUCAUAUUCGUUACGAUUAAUAAUAUCUCUUCUAAACUUCCCAAGGGGAAGAAAAACAGAAACAAACCCUAGAAACCCUUUUGGAGUAUUUUUCUUCUGCCAUAAAAAAGAGAGGAAAUUUCGAAUUAAAUUGACGAAGGGAGUAGAUGGGGAAGAAGAAGAAGAGAGUGACGUCAUCAGAUAUAUGGUGUUAUUAUUGUGAAAGAGAAUUUGAUGAUGAAAAGAUAUUGGUUCAACAUCAAAAAGCCAAACAUUUUAAAUGUCAUGUUUGUCAUAAGAAACUUUCUACUGCUGGUGGUAUGUCUAUUCAUGUUCUUCAGGUUCAUAAAGAAACCGUCACUAAGGUGCCAAAUGCUAAAGAAGGCAGAGAAUCUACAGAUGUUGAAGUUUAUGGGAUGCAGGGGAUCCCAGCUGCUGUGUUAGCUGCUCAUUAUGGAGAUGAAGACAAUGACAAUCCAUCAAAAGCUGGAAAGUUGGAGAUUCCUUCUCAAGCUGGCAUGGUACCUGGUCCAUUAGGAUAUCCUCCAACGAUGCCGCCCAUUAGGUACAAUCCUGGUUUGGCUAUCCCUCGUCCUGGUUGGCCGGCUCCACCUCGUCCACAGCCAUGGUUCACCCAGAAUCCUGUUGGCUCAGUUCCUCCUCCUGCACCUAUAGGAAUGAUUCAGCAGCCUUUAUUCCCGGUUCAGACCAUGCGGCCUCCUAUCCCAUCAACUGCACCACCAGGGCUUCAAACCUCAUUUCCAGCUGCUCCUCCAGGAUUGUCUGCAUCAACACCUUCUGUUAUGGUAUCUCAGCCGUUAUUUCCUGUUAUUGCUAGUAAUGGCAUGCCUUCUCAAAGCUCAGCGUAUUCUGCUCCGACACUUUCUACAAGCAUUCCAUUAAGCUCCCCUUUAGACAUGCCAAGAGGUUAUCUUAACCCUGGGUUUCAAGGUGGAGUAGCAGUUAGUUCUCAUUCCUAUGCUUCUGGGCCCAAUACUGGUGGUCCUUCAAUUGGACCACCUCCUGUAAUUGCAAAUAAAGCACCUGCUGUUCAGCCAGCAACAAAUGAGGUCUACUUAGUUUGGGAUGAUGAGGCCAUGUCUAUGGAGGAAAGAAGAAUGUCUUUACCAAAGUAUCAGGUGCAUGAUGAAACUAGCCAGAUGAGUUCGAUUGAUGCUGCCAUUGAUAGGAGGAUAUCGGAAGGCAGGCUUGCAGGUCGCAUGGCUUUCUAGAAGUUGAUUGAAGAAGUGUGGCAAUUUUUGAAUCGUUGACUGAUGGAGUUUGCAAACGUCCUUUGUUCUUCAUGAGGUGCUUCUAAAGAAAUAUAAAGUUUGCUUCCUGUCAUGUGGAAUUGAUUGUGUUAGUUGAUUAAAACUAGUGGCACAUCGCAUUUGAGGUUUUAAUUAAUCUUUUAAUGUUAAUCAGUAGUGAUGAGUCAAAAGAGAACGUGUAAUUUACAGAUUUUUUAAUUGGUCCUUACAACAAUUCAGUCGGCAUAGAAAAAAUCAUGUUAUCUUCAAGACACUUAGAUUAACGACAUUGAAUGUCUUGUAAUAUUUAUGCGAGAUGUGCGCAUCUGACUUCUAAGUGUUGCUGUAAACAUGUGUAGAGAUACAUUCGGGAAUGAUGUCUGUUCCUUAUGAUUUAAUGGCAUGUUAUCUUUUGUAA